AUGACCCAAAAAACAUCCCCGCAGAAAAUCCCCCGCCUCUCCAAGACCGCCGCUCUUACAACCUCCCCAGCCAACCGCUGGCAAGCAGUAGUCAACCGCGACCCAACGGCUACAUCCUUCGUCUACGGCGUCCUCACAACAAAAAUCUUCUGUCGACCCUCUUGCCCUGCGCGUCUGGCACGCCGAGCAAACGUCGAGUUCUACGAUACACCCGCACAGGCGGAACGAGCAGGGUUCCGAGCCUGUAAGCGCUGCAAGCCGGAGACACUCAAGCCGGCUGUCAACCCGCAAGUCUUGUUGGUGCAGAAGGCAUGUCAGACUAUCAAAUCGGACAUUGCAUCGGGCAAGAGACCGACGUUGGUCAGGCUAGCUGGGGAGGCAGGUUUGACGCCUAGUCAUUUCCAUAGGGUGUUCAAAAAAGUUACAGGUGCUACGCCGGGGAAGUAUGCGGCGGCUGAGGCUAUUAGUAUGGGGCCAUGUGAGGAAUUCAAGGGCAAGCCGUUGGAUGGUGAUCCUUUAAAGGAUGAUAACGGGGACGUGCUCCUGUUUCAGCCCUGGGAUGAGGAGCUAUUCGCUGAUUUAGAUUCUUGGUUGGCGGGCUUGGAUGGGGAUAUUGGUAGGGGUGCUGUUGGCGCUGAUAUCGAUAGCACUUUGCUGUGGAAUGACUUUGAUGUUUUGAUAGCCGCGGAGUCUGACUAUUCUUCUUGUCAGGAGGUUUGUCCGCUGACAGGGGCUCUUCAUCUUGGGUUGUCUGAUCCUAAUUCACCUAAUUCUGGUGCCUGA